GUAUACACUCUCAUAAGUGCUUACAUACCCUUUAUUGACAAUCCAAGGAAACCAGGCCAAAAUAAUCACAAGAAAGCUACCAGAAUUGAAGAUUUUAAGCAUAUGGUAGGAGUCGUCUCUAUAAUCAACGGUGAAACUUUAACAUGCAGUGCAAAUAUUUCACCCAGCCUAAAUAUAAUUACUGCAGCCCAUUGUAUAUUCGGUGCUGAAUUAGUAACAUUGACAUUUGGUACUGUAAAUUUAUUUUCCCCAUGUCGAACAGUAAACGUCACUAACGAUCGAAUUCACGUGCAUCCGGGAUAUACCAACGAAUACCCUUAUACACAUAACAUUGCUGUGAUUCAAAUUCAAACUAACUUCAAGAUAGAUUCAAAGAUCGCUCCAAUCAAAAUGCACGAACCAAAUUUCGUGGCAAAGCAAGGCUCCAAUUAUUCCAUGUUGGGAUACUUAGCAACGGACAACCAUUUACGAUUAUUUGAUGGGUCGAUUGCGCAGUUUGAUGCUUGUCGACAUUCCUAUUUCCAAUAUCAGAGUUUUCAUUUUGGAAAUACAAGUCAAGUUUUACAAGAAGAUUGGCAAUUGUAA